UAGACGCCCUCCCCUGCGCCAUAAACCCACGACAUUGCUCUUGUCCUGAACUUCCACUUCGACUGAAAGCAAGCACUCAACACCAUCCAGGACGAGCAGACCAAUAUGCUCGUCUCUCCAGUCAUCAUCGGCCUGAUGCAGGCAUCCCCAGUCGGGGACAGCAGUGGCAAUAGCUUGUCGCUGUUCGAGCGCCGUCAAAACAUCGUCGAGCACAACUUCAUCAUCGACCAGAUUGCGCACCGAGACCAGUGCCCGCUCAUCUCGUCCGACUUUACCCCCGUCGGAUGCUUCCACGACAUCGACAAUUCCUGGACAUCAUUUCUGGCGCAGCUCAUGGAGACCCUCGAGUCCGCAGACGAGCUGGGCAAGCCUUCGGCGCCCUCGCUACCGUUCCUCGAGAUCCCCGCCAUGGCCAUCCCCGAGCCCCGCGAGAUCGCCACAAAGGAGUACAACGCCGACCUCCCCCGCAUCGCCGUCAUCGUUGACCAGCAACCCGACUGGACCCAGUACGACCACAUCUUCAUUGCCUACUACCUCGUCUACCUCCAGAUCCUCUCCCUCAUGCUCCUCGUCGGCUACGCCGUUGAUACGACCCCAUUCACCAUCACCCCUGAGAACGCCCCCACCAAAUCGGUCUCGCCCAUCCUCGUCUACAUUCGCACCCCUCCCCCUCGCGUCACCCACGACGUUCCCAUUGCACUCGAUGUCCGCGUCCGCCCGCCCGUCAUGAAGAUGAUGCGCUUCAACUGGGAGGGUCGUUCGCAUGCCAUUCCCAUGUCCACCGACUCGGAUAACUACAAGCUGCAUGUCUACAUGGCAGCGCGCGGGCUCUAUAGUGGCUGGCCCGCAGAAUUUUCCCCAUCCUCAUCCGCACGUACCCUUCGAUGGCCUCUCUCGUCUGUUGCAUCCCUCCAGCGCACAGCCUCCCGAGCCGCCCACUUCAUCCUCCUGACCAUUGCUGAGCUCCCACGCGCAACCACCCAAGUCAUCGACAAGACCAUCACCAAGGUCCACCGCGCAGUCACCCAAGUCAUCUGCCGGAUCACCCACAUCCUGCUCGUCCUCCGCCACGCCCUCAAGAUCACUGUCGGCGUGAUUACGCUCGUCUCCUGCCGCGUCUUCGAGCUCGUCGUCGACGUGGCCAAGCGUGUCCUCCGCCUCGCCCUGUAUACCGCCGUUGACGUGGUCAAGCACGUCCUCCCCGACAGGGACGCCGUGUACAACCUCGAGACCGCGCACACAACCAUGCUGUACCUCUCGACGCCGCUAGCCCAGCUGCUGAGCUCGCUGAUCCCGGCACUCUCCAUCAACAAUGCCGAGCUCUUCAUCCAGAACGUCACGACCACCCUCUUCUGCGCCGCGUCCUAUCGCGCCAGCAUCGCCUCUUGGUUGGACUCGCAUGGUACGUUCUCCUCUGGUCUCGUCCCAGUCCCUUCGCUAACGUCCGCCAUAGUCCUCGCGCGCCGCGACUGGUCGGUCCGCUUCAAGGGCCGCACCACGGCCGCCAUCAUCCUCGACUUCGCGGAGAUCACCCCCUGCAUCUUCCUCUUCAUCCUCUUUAAACUCCCUGGCUUCUGCCUCGCCCUCCUCUCCGCAUUCGUACGUCACCGUUCUCCGAAUCUUCUCGAUGUUCGAUCGCUGACGGUCUUCCAGGGCGAGUUCAUCCAACUGUCAGCCAUCGGGCUCUGGCUCUUCCUCGCCGACGAGCACGGUACGUCCCCCCUUCCUCGCUCUCUAUGGACCGGAGCUGACGCCGCGCUCCACAGAACGCCCAUCCCACAUCUGGGACGUCUUCAAGCGGCGCGGCUCUCCAGGCCACGCGCAGCGCAAGCUCGCUCUACUCCGCCGCGGCCGCUCGGAGGAGGCCGUCCUCCACGAGCUCCUCAACUACAUCUUCGACUACCGCCAGUCGGUGCGCCCGCCGCAGGUCGUGCGCGUCCUGCAGUCGCCGUGGCGCGCCGUGAAGUGGGUGUACAAGCUGUGCAUCAAGUGUGUGCGUCGGGUUGUUGGGAAGAAGCGGGCGGCGGUGCAGGAGGUCGAUGUCGUCAAGGGCGAGGCCGGCACUGCGCCCGUGGAGGUGAAGGAGAAGGAGAAGCCGCAGCCCAAGCCAAAGGCGAAGUCGGUGCCGCGGCAGACGUCUGGGUCGUACAAGGAGAAGGCCGCGAAGAGCCCAUGGUUGACCAAGCCACCGCAGGCGCGGCAGCGCAGGAGAUAAGGAUGUGACGGCUUGUUGUCUGACCUCCGGCCGGAAGAUUUAGAGACAUAACCCGAGGAAUCUGGCGAGGGAGGGGAGUCAGCUACGCGCUCACGAGAAGCGCUCAACCACGCACCUGCAAAGCCGUGCAGAUGACCACAACAUCGACAUCCAGAACCCUCCCGGCGCAACAUCGCCAUCCGAC